AUGGACGCGCUUCAAGCGUACAGCGGCGGAAGCGACAGUGAGCACUCGGACGACGACGUGCAAAUGCAGAAGGUGUCCGCCGGCAGAACGGCGACGCUCGGCGUCGAACGCGCGAUUGUGAUGGCGCCGGACGUCGAGUCGAAGAGCGCAAUUCAGCAAGUCGCUAUUAUUGAUCCGAAGACGAAGGAGAUCAAGUCGAACCCGAAAUUCGAGCAGUUAUUUCAGCCAGAAGUGCGUUGUUUGUGAGAAUUUGAGGAAGGGAUGGGGAUGGGGACGGUUUCACGUCCGUAAUCGUAAAAAUUUGAGUUCCCAGUUAUUUUUUCGAGUAACUUCACGCUUUUGACUGAAAAGAGCCAAUAUCGUGUUGAGCUGAUCAAAUUGAGACAAAAUUCGAGGAAAAAGUACCUCAGAUCUCUGAUCCAACACAAAAUUGAUGAAAAUGAAGCAAAAUCCAUUCUUUCCAUCUUUUUUCGAAUAAUGUUAUUUUGACAGCAAUUUUGAGUAAAAAACGCUAAAACGUUUGCUUGCAGAAAGGCCCAGUGAACCCGUUCAAAUCCGAAAAGCAGCGAUCGCAGAAGAACACGCUGACGGGGUUCGUGGAACCGGCGCACUUCAACGAAUUCCACUUCAACCGGCAGAUCCGCAGCUUCGACACGCUCGGCUACGCGAACAAUCCGUCGGCCGAAUCGUCGAACGCGUUCAUCGGCGACACGAAGAAGGCGGCCGCCGAGAAGGGCGUCUCGCUGUUCGAGUCGAAAAAGACGGGCGGCGAGAAGCGGAAGCGGGUGCGCAACGACGAUUCGGCCGACGUCGACGGCUACACGGGACCGUGGAGCCGGUUCGCCGACGAGAAGACGGUCGCGAAGCCGACGCCCGAACUGCAGAAACAAAUGGACGAGAUUGUGAAGAAGCGGCAGGAGAAGAGUCGACGAUUCAAGAAGGAGAAGGAGGAUUCGGAGCAGAUGGCCGACGAGUCCAGCACUUUGCAUUGUACGCGCUCUUUUUUACAAGAAAAUUACAGUUCGGAGCUUAAAAUGAGCUCGAAAAGCGACCGAAAAUGUUUAGCUUUUUCCGCCGAAUUUUUGAAAAGAAUCCGAAAAACGGAUCAUCAAAAUUCACAAGUUUUGCACGAAUUGUUCACCUAAAAUUUCAUUUUUCAGUGAAAGAAGCGGAAGACUACCAGGGCCGUUCGUUCCUGGUGCCUCCGAGUUUCACGGGCGUCAAUCUGCGCGAAGACUACUGUCCGGAGCGUUGUUUCGUGCCGAAGAAGCUGGUGCACACGUACCGCGGCCACAACAAGGGCGUCAACUUCCUGCAAUGGUUCCCCAAAAGCGCGCAUUUGUUCCUCUCGUGCUCGAUGGACACCAAAAUCAAACUGUGGGAAGUUUACGACCGGCAACGAGUGGUACGCACCUAUUCGGGACACAAACUGCCCGUUCGUGAGGUGGCUUUCAACAACGAGGGCACCGAAUUCCUCUCCGCCUCGUUCGAUCGAUACGUCAAGUUGUGGGACACUGAAACCGGACAGGUAGGGCCGGCGAAUCGUCUCGAAUUUUUCAACAAUUCGAUCGUUUCUCUUCCAAUAUUUAAAAUACUUUUAAUUUUUGCAGGUCAAGCAGCGAUUCCACACGGGCCACGUGCCGUACUGCCUGAAGUACCAUCCGGACGACGACAAGAACCACAUGUUCCUGGUGGGAAUGCAAAACAAGAAGAUCAUUCAGUGGGACUCGCGAAGCGGCGAGAUUGUGCAAGAGUACGAUCGGCAUCUGCAGGCGGUCAACUCGAUCACGUUCUUCGACAAAAACAGACGGUUCGCGUCGACGUCGGACGACAAAUCCGUGCGAAUCUGGGAGUGGGAGAUCCCGGUCGACACGAAACUCAUCCAGAACGUCGGACUCCACGCCAUUCCCACAAUGACCAAGAGUCCCAAUGGUAAGCAGCUUGAAAUGUGUGGCGUUUUAGAGUGGAAAUACUGAAAAGCGUGGUUCGGGGACUCAAAAACUGAGGGAUUUAAGAUUUUUUUAGAUGAAAAAGCGAACAACUGGGCAAAUUUACAGAUAAAUGGGUGGUCGGUCAGUGCAUGGACAACCGAAUAGUGCUGUUCCAACUGGUCGACGACAAGCUGCGAUUCUCGAAGAAGAAGGCGUUCCGCGGACACAACGCCGCCGGCUACGCGUGCAACAUCGACUUCUCGCCCGACCAAUCGUUCAUCAUUUCCGGCGACGCCGACGGAAAACUAUUCAUCUGGGACUGGCGCACACACAAAAUUGUUGGAAAGUAAGACAUUUCGAAUUUUCACACACAUUUUCAUGGGCUUAUUCUAUUCAUCAAGUAGCCGGUUUUGUACCUGACAGAAUCUCGAACUUUUGGCAGCCAUAGGGCUGUCAAAUUUUCCCGGACUGUAACAGGUUGUCAAGUUGUAUAUAUACUUCUAUGAGUCAUAUUCGUUCAGUUUCCACUCACUUGAACCCACUAACGGCUCCCUAUUCGUUUAAUUGUAAACCUAAAAUUAAUCGACUUUUCUUGCAGAUGGAAAGCACACGACAACACGUGCAUCGCGGCGCUUUGGCAUCCGCACGAAAAGAGCCGAAUGAUCACGGCCGGAUGGGACGGACUCAUCAAAAUGUGGAAUUAA